AUGAGCUACUCCAAGUGUGCGAAUACACUUAACAAAGUUAAAAGAAAAAUGAGCACAGACGGCGUUAAGACGUACCAUAAGGUGUAUGCGCUGCUGACGAUAAGCCAGCUCAACCAGUACGACAGCCUCAUCAAAGAGGCUCUGGAGUGCUUACUCUCCAUUUACAAAGAAAGACGCGGUGCUGGGCUGUUCGUAUCGGGAGAGUUUCUAACGUAUUUUAUCGAAAAUCUUGGAGAUAUUGUAGUGGAUAGCGAUAAACAGUGCAUAAAAGAGGUACUCGGCGUGGAGAUAAGCAGAGCACCGAGGAUUGAAGUGGAGCGGAAGGAGUUUAAAGAGCUAGAGCCUGCAUUCAAGUCACGAAGUGGGGCUAUCAGAGGAGGCAGAGGCAGCGAAAGGAAGAAGAUAAGAGAGGCCCGGGCCAGAGCCAAGACAGAGUCAAGAGAGCACACUCUGAAGAAGCGAAAGGACGACAAAGAAUACGCAGAGAAACUGCAGAGAAUGGAGCAGGCAAUGAGGAAACAGUAG